CAAGGGACAGGCAGAAUCGUGGUCAAGGAACAGGCAAAGAUCAGGACAGGCAGAUAUCACUCACAGGUCGGUAUACAAAGCAAGGGUCAGGACAGGCAGCAACGGGUCAAUAAACAGGAAACAGGCAGGAUCGGUAACAAUAAACAGGCAGACAAUAAACACAGGGAAACGCUCGGAAAUGACACACUGGGUAAUCAAGACUUCGCCCUGAGGUGGUGUAUGUGACAGUCCUUUAUAGUCCAGGUAAUGCGUAUCAGCUGGGUGUGGUGAUUAGUGUGGAGUGUGCAUGGCUGUAUGUGGCAACAGGUGAUUGGUGGAGUGAGUGCAUGUGAUUGACAGGGGGGGGAUGAUGGGAAAUGUAGUCCGGGAACUGACAGGAUUGUAACAGGAACAGAUGGUGAUCGUGACAGUACCAUAAUGGAAUUGCAUAAGGCCAUUCAAGCAUAAAAGGUUUGAAUGCAAAUGUAUUAUAUUUGUAAGGAAAAGAGUUAUAUUUGCAUUUUCACAUGAUUUUGUAAUGCACUUAUCAGAAUACUAAUUCACAUACUAUAUCUGCAUACAUUAUGAUCUGCACAUUUUCUAUAGCACUUCAGAAAGGUAUAAAACACAGGUAACACUGGCAGCUGAUGAAGAUGAUGAUGAGGAGUUAAUGAGGGGUCAUACUGUGAUGAGGAAGAUGAAAUCAUAGUGACAAUCCGUCAGGGAAAGAGUGAGGGUGAGAGAGAAGAUGGAGAUGAGGAUGAAGAUGAAUAUGAUAACUUGAUAUAAUAACAUAAUAAUAUGAUGGUUUGGUAAUACUUGUGUUCCACUAUGGUACAAUGUUGCCUGAGGAUAUUUACUUUUUAUUAAAUAUAAAACGUUUAAUACAUUAAAAACUGGAUUAAUUUGUUUGUUCAAGUGUCUAGUUGUCUAGAAGAAAUUUAUGUUUUCAAUAAAUAUAUUUAUUUUUUCUACAUGAAAAUGCCAAAUGUUUAAAUUUUCCAUUGUGGUACAAUGUUGCCUUGAGGCAAAAAACUUAUAAAUUAACAAAAAAUAAAUAAAUUAAAAAUUUAUGAAAAUGUUUAUUGAUAUUGUUAAAGUGUCCGAUUUUAAGCCUAACUGAAGACAGAUUUUAUUUUUUUUAUUUUUUUGUACUCACUGUUGCACAAACCACUGAAAUGAGUUGAUAAAUGUACACGUUUGUGUUUUACCCAGAAGAACCGCAACUCUCGUUUUCAUGUAUUUGUUUAGUAUAAGCUCAACCAGCCUGAAAUACAGGCUUUGCUACAGGAGCUGACGUUCUUUCAAAAACAAAGUCAGUUAAAGUUAUUAUUCAAAUCAGUGAGUGUGUGUUUAAUGCUGCCUUCACGUGCUAUUGGAAAUAUGAUAAUUCCCACUUCUGAAGUUGUGAUUAUGAGCUCAUCGCAUUCAGAUUUCGGUAUGUGAGUGCGUUCAUGUGCAUUUUUUUUAAACCCAUAUGAUAAUUCCGAGAGCACGUGAAAGGAGCAUAAUCUGUUAAACAUGUGACGCUUGCUUCAACAACAUACGUUUUACCAUGUUGAAACUUCUGCUGCUGUUAUCGGUUUUCAAUUACAGUGGAACUAUCCCUAUAUAUGUGAUGGGAAAAAAGGGAGGCAACGUCAUCCUGCCAUGUGAAUAUAAGGCCGAUGAGCUUUUUCAUAUUAAUUUAAGCAGACGGUCAAAAAACAUCCUUGUUCAUCAAAGGAAAUACUGUAAUAAACGAGUAUGUUUAAAAGGAGCAUGUGACGUCAUCAUCAAGGAUCUGAGACUGAGUGACGCUGGGAAAUACAUUUUGAAUGUUUAUGACAUUAAUGCCAAGUCAGUGCUGGAGCCACAAAUCAGGACAUACCAACUUCAUAUUUAUGGUGAUAUUUCUGUGAAAAUAGGUGAAAGGCUAAAGUUGGAUGUUCUGUUGCCAGAUGCUCAUCAAGUUAUGCAUCAAAACAAAAGCAGCACAGAAUGGAAGGAGGUAUGGAUAAGAGAAAGCAAGUCAAGAGUUAAUGUAAACCACGAUCGACCUAAUAACCGUUAUGGGACUCUGACCAUUAAAGAGUUUACGUCCGAUGAUGAAGGAACAUACAGAGUUCUGGACUUUGAUGGUGAAAUCUUGAUUACAGUGACAGUCACAGAAUCAAAAGGAAAACUGAAGAAUACGGAUGAUAACAAAAAAAAUAAUCAUUGGGGUUUGUUCUGGUCUGCGGGACUGUUUGUGUUGGUUGUGUUUUCUCUGCCAGUUCUGAUUCUGAUUGCUGCUAUCAUCAAAAAGAUGCAGUGACACCUGCAACAUCUGGACUAGUAGCAGGAAGUUCAGAUCAUUAUACUGACUCGGAUCUUUGAAUCUUCAGGCUAUGCAGUCUGUUAGUUCACCUCACCUCACCUCCCGAUCCAAGUCGUUCUUUCUUUUGUCACCUCACAUUUAUCACGUCUGUUCUACAGAAAGAUUAGAUACCUCUCGUGUCUUCGUGAUCUAACCAAUCAUAAUGCAGAAUUUGCCAUUUUGUCCGACAAAGCAGUCAGGAGUUAGAAGAUUAACCUCGGUGGACUUGAACUUGAAACAUGGUGUGUAUUUACAUCUUCAUGUGU